GGCUGUGGACAGGGAGGUGGACCGCAAGAGCUAUAAAGGCUUUCUCUGCCCUCGUGGAAGCCGGUGAGGACAGCCUGCCAGAGCCGGUCUUCUCAGCGUUCCAGGUCUUCUGAAGCUAUGGGCACCCGAUACCUCCUGGUUCUGGUUCUUAUCCUCCUGGUCUUGGGAUGUGAGGUCAGGGGGGCCCACGUGCCCCAGCAAGAUGAAGCCGCCAGCCCUGCCCUGCUCACUCAGUUACAAGAAUCACUGUAUAGCUACUGGGGGACAGCCAGAUCGGCCGCCCAGGAGCUGUAUGAGAAAACAUACCUGACCGCCAUGGAUGAGAAAAUCAGGGACCUAUACACCAAAAGCACAGCAGCUGUGAGCACUUACGCAGGGAUUUUCAGUGACCAGUUACUUUCUAUGCUGAAAGGAGACCAGUAGCAGCUGGGGCCCCGGCCAGGAGGGAAGGGAGAGUCCAGACCCCACAACCCCUUGACUCCUCUGACCCACCCCCACUUCUCAGCAGCUGCCAGCAUCCUGCUCCCAACACUAGUCUGUCUUCUUACAAAUAAAUUAAUAUACAAA